AUAGCAGCAUAAGUGUUAUGACAACUUUAUAGUUUAUACGGAACACGUCUAGCAACUCUUUCAAAGAUGGCGGUUAUACGUGCAUACCGAUGAAAUUAUCUGCCCUUCAACGUAGUGCAAGCUAGAAAAAAAAUUACCUUGAGCCCCGUGUAAACACAAGUCAUUCGAGAGAAUCGACACGCAAGUACCUAUAGUCCUGACGUUUACAAGAACUUUCAAUCAGACACAUUACCAUACAGAUCCAAAUGAAGAAAAAUCCUAUUUUAUUCAAAAUAUGCUUGAUUCUCCUGCUUUAUGGAAUUGCAAGUGUUCGAGCUUUGAAAGACAAUGAUGACUGUGAAUAUAGAAAUUCAGAGGGUAUCUGUCAUCAGGCCCCUGAAGAAAUGAUAGUCCGUGAUUUUGAUGAAGAGGAGGUCAGCAAAUCUGUGUUCUCUGAAACUCAUGAUUGUAAAACUGGUGGAACUACGGCUGAUGAUGUUCACAGUGACCUUAUAAAUGAAGGGUCGUGUGUUCGUAAAGAUGUGGAAGAUGAAGAUCAGAGUGAACUCUCCAUGCUAGAAGAACAAACAAAGAAAGAUGAUACUGAAUUUUGUGGGGUCAGUGAUCAUAAAUCAUCCACAUGUGAUAAAAGCUCUUUGGAAGAAGAUCUUGAGAAUGGUGAACAUAUUGAUGACUCAAAGGAAAGAAAGGUAGAGGGUACAGUUGAACAAAGGAUUGAUGAAGCAAGUCAGUUUUCAGAUGAGCAAUUGCAAAGUGAAGAGGGGGUUGAUACAGCUAAUCAGGAUCCAGACCUAGGAAAUGUUCCCCUUAGAGAAAUACUUCUCAAACUGAAGCCAGAAGGAUUAACUGAUAAUGAGGAUGAACAGCCAAAUGAUUUCUCGGUAACUGAAGCUAGCAUGGGAGAGGAUGAAGAGGUCGAGGAAGAGAUACUGGUUUCUUCAGGCUCGGCAGAGAAGCAAGAAUAUGGUCUGGAUGGCAGCAGUGCAGAUGGUAAUAAAAAUGGAAGUGGCAGUAGUAGCAACAUCAGCAAGAAAGCAGUGUGCUCCGAAUUAAAUGUAACUGAAUCUGCAACAGGAGAUGUCGAGAUCAUCAAUGCUACUCUUCUUAUGAAACUUCUACAAGGAAAUCCCAAUAUAACAAAUAGAUCAAUAGCUGCCCCCUGUCAUCUGAUAUAUUUCUUCAGUCCAUAUUGUCCUUUCUCAGUGGCAGGUUCUCCUUAUGUCAAUGCAAUGGCACGCUCCCUCAAAAACAUCCCUGUUUAUGGUCUAGAUAGCAUCGAACAUCAUAGUGUGAAUGCUCGAUAUGGCGUAAUGGGAACACCUACUCUGCUGCUGUUUCACAAUGGAAAUGGUGUAGGACGUUAUAAUGCUUCUGAAUUUUCAGUAAUGCAGCUCUUGUCAUUCAUUAAUCACUAUACAGACCAGUGUAUUAGAGACAUCAAUGUAACCUCAGCAGACUUUAGGGCCACACUUCCAUCACAGGUCGCUGAGGGCCGACCGUAUGCAUUGUGGGCUUCUUGGAUUUUCCUUCUUAUAUGUGCAGAAUGGUUAUUCCUAACUUCUGAACUCUGUGCAAAGCUGACUGAGGCUAUUCUGAAUAACUGGCGUGAGGCUGAAGCUCAAAAUGAUCAGGACUAAGAUGUACUUUUAUUGUACUUUGUGAACAGAUGUACAUAUUUCUUACUAUGUGAACAGAUAUAGAUGUUUCUUACUAUUCUGUCAUUUUCUUGAGAAUGAGAAGCAAUUUGAAAGUGCUGAAAGGAAAACAUGAGGUUCAAAAUUUUAAAUUAUACCAUACAUGAAAGUAUGAAAAUAUUUUGAUAUUGUUUAUGUAUAUAUGUUUUUCUGAUUUCACCUCAUUCACUUCUAGGAAAGGUAAUUAACACUGAAAAAUUCGGCCUUGAAUGGAGGACAAGGGAUCAGAACAAAAGGAAAAAAACUAUUCAGUCAUAAGGCCGAUAUUACUGAGGAAGGAGGAAUUUACAUAAAAGCUGGACUCUAGUUUUAAAUGCACUGUAUGUACAUGAAUUUACAGAGGUCCAGGAGACUAAAAAAGGGGGGUCGCUUUGUCGAUCCACCGGAACACGUGGCUGGAGCAGUCCAGUCACGGCGUUCAGAAAUUUUGCGCAAACGGAUUGAAAAUGCAUGCUUGCUCCAAGGGUUUCCAACUCCUGCCACAAUCAGGCAUGGUGUUUGUCUGCAAAUAGAGGACACGGGCAUAAGGCGGGGGACACAUGAGGGUGAACAUUACACACCACUUUCUUUCAAUCAAAAAGGCCACUCAUGGGGGGGAAUGAAAUGACUGGGAAAUUUACACAAAGAGAACUAUUUCGUUGCUUGAAUUUACUAGGGGGAUGUUACUAGUAUCACAGGGGAGCAAUCACAGAAUUGAGCCCAGAUAGGGGAAUGAGAAACUACACAAGUCACCUUGGAAAAAGGAAAUGAAAUGCAGACAAAGGUAAAAACAAUUCCCUGGCUGAACUGGAACUCCUCUCACAGUACCUGGAUCCUGAGGCUUGUAGUCUUCUCCUUGAUGUCUCCAUGCAUUAUGGACUUUAAAAAUAUACUUGGGACUUCCCAGAGAGAGCAGGGGGGAGAAGGCAGAGUCGGGCGGGUGCAGGAGGAGAUCUGACCUGUCUUAAGUCUGAUGUUCUUCUGACUCCAAGUCAUUCUGAGACCGAGCCACUGGCUCCCAAUCCUUUUAACUCCUUGUCCCUGUAGGGGGUAAUUCCAACAACCAAUGGGAGAAGAGAUAGCUUUUUUGAGAGAAUGGAUGCUUCCAGUUGAAAGGGGCAACUUGCAUAUAGACAAAGAUGCAUGAAACUUGGUAAAAGACUAUUUUCCUUGGUUCUGGCUUAAAAUCUUGAACAUUGUAAAUAAGCGUUAAACCCUGUGUUACUUCGUUUAUGUAUGUAAAUAAACAGUCAGAUCCUGUUAUUUCAGUGGAAUAGUUUUACAUUUAUGACAUUGUUAGGAGGACAGUUUCUAGAGCAGUGUGACAGGGUACUGAAAUACAUUUUUUGUCAGUUACAGUAUACUGUUACUGGCACUUGGUUCAGUAACCAGAAUUGCAAAACUUUUUAUUCACAAAAAAUUAGAGGUGUUUUGUUCAGUCAUUGCAGAUCCCUGGGCCAUGGCAGAGGAUGCCCCUCAACAUCCUUGGUUCAAAUCUGGACGUCUACAUCUAUCCCCCCCUGCCCCUUUUGCCUCCUCCAUCGAAUUCAUCAUCAGAGUGAUGAUUCCCAGAACCACAGAAUGAACCUUAUAUAUCCCAUGUGGCCUCGCACAGAAUGGUUACCUCAAACUUCUAGCCUUGCUGACAGAAGCACCGAGAGAUUCCUCCUUGGCACAAGCUCCUGUGUCUCAGAUGAGAAGCAGUGCUUUCAAUGUAGUAUGGCCGUUGGCUGAACACUGGUUUAACUCAGACGGGAGCCAACUAUUCACACGAACUGGGGUGGGUGCUGUGUUCCAGACAUUCGUGAAAGUCCCACCAAUGACCUUCACGGAAGCAAUAACUCUCCAUUUCUUGAGUGGUUGAAGAUGAGAUAACUGUGGCUUUUUGCAAAGAAGUCCAAUCCACAGAUUCUUGGUUCUUAAGAGGAUACUUCUUGCCUAGAGGUAUCUCAACCCGACUCUGGAAGAUGAACGGCGAGAGUAGGACCUUCAUCACAUAUACGGGCAAGUGACGAAUCACGAAUAUAGACGUGAUAAGUGGAACAAUCUAACAGAGAACGUCAGGGAGGAGAUCACUCUUUGCCUAAUAACCUCAAACCCAAACUCUGGAAGAUGAAUGGCGGGAGUAGGAUUGCCAUCAUUUACACGGACAAGCGAGGAUCAGGUACACGACUGUGUUCACCUUCUCCCCCUAAAUCAGAGACAUCUCAUCAUGUGACGGAACUCAGACAGGCUGAGGAGACAAAGAACCAGCAUGAGAACUCUGAUGCAAGUGAAGCUCAACAAAGACUGGAACAUGUUAACAUACUUGAAGGGGAGAGAGUCACGUCCAUGCUGGGAAGAUGGAGAAACACCCCUCUCACUCUCAGAUGCCACAUGGACUGGAGCACGUUCAUGUACUUGAAGGGGAGAGUUACAUCCCUGCUGGAGAAACACCUCUCUCACUCUCAGAAGAUGCCACAAGUCCUGAGUUCUCCAACGGGAGGAGGAAGAGGUGAAGGAGGCCUUGCCCUAUGACGUCUCCUGCUUGAAACUCUGGAACACCUCCUACCAGAGUCAAUCCAAUCCACCAACUCUUGGAAGAACACCUCUGAUGGGUUGACAACCGACCACGAUGGCGCCAUGGAUGAUGAUGCAAGUUACGUCACGGUAAUCGGCAGAGGAGAGAUGUCACCAAAGCAGGCGUCACAGGCAGAGAAGUAUUGAGAAUGUGGUCAUGGUAUUCGGACUGGUAACCCAAGUCAAAGGUCUCGGUGACAGCCAAGAUGGUGAAAAAGGCCUUCUGCCACCUCCUACCACAACCGGAGGGCCUCCCCAGUACAUGUGAUGGAUAGUGAAGAAUUUCCAUCGCCGAAGGAAUAGGAAGAGAUCGCCCUCAGUCAAAUGCAGCAGUGUCAAACUAUGCAAUCAGCAGAAGCGAUGAUGUCACAGGCCAAUUUGUGACAUCACACAGUAGAUUACUAUUAAGAGAGAGAGAAAAUGUGUGUAGUGCAGAAAAACUUUAAUAAAACAAAACAGUACAUGUAUUACAAUUAUAUCAUAUGACAAAAGGGUACUAAGUCGAAUAUCAUAGGGAGACAAUAUUCAAAUCAGUCUGUUUGGUUGGUAUCCCUGCAUGACAACGCCAUAUUGUUGGCAAGCAAGGAGCUCCAAUUAGCAUUUGUCCCAAGGAAGGCUGUCUGAAAACGAGGUCCACAGAACUUCUGGGCUGAAUAAAUAUGAAACAAAACACAGGCUUUGAUAAAAAAAACCGGCAAAGUGAAAUACUACUCUCCAAGGCGGCUGAAGAAAGACUGGUCCGUAACAAGGUUCCAAACCUGGUCAGUGACCAACAUCCACCUCGUAUACAUGAAUUGCCAGAUGCCACAGAUUCCUUGCUUUACAAUCUUUGAUUGUUUUUCACCAGUUUCCAGCUGGCACUAGAAGAUUAUCCUAUUGUUAAGACUGAGGGUUUGUUCUGCAUAUGAACAAACUGUUGUGUGACAAGAUAGGAACACAGCUGUGUGAAGCAAGUAAGUUCAGGGCAGCUCUAGGUGAAGUGGGAACAAGUUCGACACAGUUGUUUCUAGACUUGUCUAGACGAACAAUGCUCGGCUGCAGGAGAAGGGGAGUGUGAAUCUACUUGCAUGGAGGUGUGCACCCAUGCCAUCCACUCUACACAGGGAUAAUUCUACCACUUUCUGACAAAAUGAAUACAGACCUAACAACUGUAGUCUCCAGACAAAAUUAAUACAGACUUAACAACUGUAGUAUCCAACUGUACUGAAAAUUCAUAUUUUAGUUGGUAGAAGGAAGGAAUGCACAGGCAGUGGGCUAAAACAGCUAUGAUCCUCAAGAGGUCCAGAAUUAGAUUUAUCUUGGAUUACAUAAGAAAGCUUGUGUUAUUCCCAAAGUUACAGCCUCCUAGCACAUCCAUUCUGAAUGCCAUAGAAGUAUUUACAAGUCAAUUUUGGAAGCCCUUAUUCCCUCCUUAGGUUGUCCUACAAUCAACAUGUUGGACAGAGUAGAGUAUCCUUGAUAUGUUGGACAGAGUAUCCUUGACAGUACAGGCAGUCCCUGGCUUAAGACGGGUUCGGCUUACAGAAGAAAUAUGACCAAAAAUGCAAAAUAAUCAAUAUUUGGAGGUUUUUUCGAUGAAUAAUGCAAUAAAAAUGCAGUUUACAUAGUUUUUAAUACACCCGAAGCAUUAAAAGUAAGGAUUUCUUAGGAUUUUUUACGAUUUUCCAGCUUAUGACGUGUCUCAAGAACAGAACCCCCGUCAUAAGGUGGGGAUUGCCUUACUGUAGUACCAUAAAGGCUUGCAAAUCAAGAAUCUAAUCAAUCCCUUGAAUGAAAAAGAUUUACAAUCCAUUUAAAAGCAGCCUUAUGCAAUUAGAAAAGGGAUUUCACAACAAUGAAAUAGUAGUCUCAUGGUCAUAGAUUUUGUACAUAAAAGCUUUCAAAAGGCUACUAUGGAUUUUGUACAUAGAAUUUCCGUUCAUUAGUAGAAUUCUGGGAGCUUUUAAAGUUUGCUCUCUUCCUCUCCUGCAAAGCAACUUUGUCUAACCACACCUGUCACUUUGAACCAGACAUGCAAGCAAAAGACAAGAACCAAAAUUGCUCCAUACUAACUAGCAAAGCAACAUGCUGCGGUUUCCCAACACCUGAAAAGUGAUCUUUACAAAAGAAAACUAAGAACCUUGACGCCAAUGGUAAAUUUCAGAUUUCUGGUAAUCAGGUUAUUUUACAAAGACAUUAUUCUGCUACCAGAAGUGAAAACCAUCCUUGCUUCUAUGACAUUUAGAAAAUACUGGUCACAGAAGACUGCCACUCCAAUCAGGAAUCCUUUUCCAAUUGAACAGAGCACCAGGUUCAUACAUCAUUACCUUCUGAAUCUUCAAGGCAUGUUCUUUCUUUCAUUGAUUCUAGAACUUAUGAACCUUCAUCCAUUUCCAACCUGAAGCUUCUUGACUAAAAUUCCUCAUUCCAUUUCCAGCCUGAACUUACUUUCGUUGAUUCUAUAACGUGUGGGCCUUCAUCCCAUUUCCAGCCUGAAGCUUCUUGGCAAUAAUAGCUUCAUUCCAUUUCCAGCCUGAAGCUUCUUGACUGAAUUCUGAAUUAAUAAAGACUCAACUGCAGGCAAGAGGUAUCAUUCUUUUAGGUGACAAUCCUUUACUUAAAUCUUGGCAUUUUUAAAUAUGUGGGAUUCACAUGUUUAAACAUGCCCAAGUACCUAGUUAAUAAGGGUACCCGUUAUAUCCUACAUUUAGAAAUCUGGCUGGAAGUUUAAGUCUUGUAGUGUCAGUCUAUCACAUCCGGCCUUGAUAUGGAAAUGAAGAGAUUAUUGACUGAAAUGUCAUACCAAAAAGUAUUGUUUACUUGAAGUUAAGAAUAAAAUGCAUUUGCAACAAAGUUUGUGUAUAAGACAUUUCAAAAGUGAGAAACUAAGCAAAAUAGGAAAUUAUUACACAGCCAUUACAUAAAUAAUUUUCUGGUAUAAAUGAAUUGUGUAACAGUAAUGGAAACAUUAUUGUACAAAUGUUGCAUAUAAAGUGUAGUGCAGUGCUGUAAUAUCUGUUGUGUUGUUUUUGUGUUGUUUCAUAUUACUAUUCUCCAUUAUGGUAAUGAAAAUAUUGUGCACAAAAUUGGGCUGCUUGUGCUAUCUUAACUUGAAAAUUUAUGCUUUAUGACUCAUAAUAUGUUUGCACAACAUACUUCUGUUUUAUGUAUUGUGUGGAAGAUAUCUGUACUUACUGCAACAUCAGUCUAAUUUAGAAAUGAUGUAAAUCUGUAUGGUUAAAAUAAAGGUAUAUUUUAGCUAA